ACUAGGGUGCAAAUAAAUUACAAUGCACAUGGGCUGCAAAAAGGGACUCUUUCCACUUCAAUCCUCCCCUUCUCUUUCCAGUUUUAAACGCUAAUGACUCCGCGGUUACACUUGCUAUUCUAAACCCACUUAAAUAUCCCUAUAAGGAUCACGACAGGCCACCAAUUUGCGCUGCAUCUCGAAGUCUCGGACAUGGAAGAGACAAAGUCGAUGGAACCUUCUCAGGAUGCGUCGCCCAUGCCAAAUUUUGAGACUGAACACCAAGACCAGCCUCCGCCGUCGGAAUUCACAAGUGAAUCGGUCUUCGCCAUAGUUGGCGCAUCCUGCGUCACAUUCUGCACAGUCGGCUUCAUCAACGCUUUUGGAGUCUUCCAAGAGUAUUACGAACAAGUAAUUCUAAGCCAUGAAUCUCCCUCCACCAUAGCAUGGAUUGGCUCCUUCAAUAUAUUCUGUAUGUUUGGAGGGAUGAUGGUUGCCGGCAUGCUGGAAUAUAAACUAGGACCUACUCUUCUUAUGAUUAUUGGCGGCGUCAUCACAGUGUUUUCAUUAUUCAUGACCUCCCUGUGCAAAGAGUUCUACCAAUUCUUCCUAGCCCAAGGACUCGUACUAGGUUUGGGUAUCUGCUUGGUGCUGAUGCCAGCUUUUGUCACUGUCACCUAUUACUUCCGCAAAUCUCGGGGUGUGGCAAUGGGGAUAGUUGUAGCUGGAUCUUCUCUUGGCGGUGUUAUUUGGCCGAUCACUUUGCACAAACUCAUCGACGAGAUAGGUUUCGGGUGGUCAGUUCGUACUGCAGCCUUUAUGAUGAUCCCAUUACUUAGUCUCGCUGUUCUCACGGUGAGAAGACCUAAGAACUUUGUUCAACCUAAACAAGGGAGGCCAGAUUUGAGUUUUUUGAAGAACCCAAUAAUCAUACUUCUCUCUGCUGGGCUAUUCUUUAUUUUUCUGGGUCUCUUUUCACCUUUCUUUUACGUCACAUCCUGGACAACCUCACUAGGGCACGAUCCUAAUCUGGCCUUCUACAUGAUUUCCGUUGUCAACUCGGCCAGUCUUUUUGGAAGAAUUAUACCCGGAAUGGUUGCAGAUAAGAUCGGUAUAUACAAUGUCUUGGUCACUAUAUCAAUAUUCUCGGGUCUUAUUGCAACAUGCUGGACAAAGGCGACAUCUGUAACCGGUAUCAUUAUCUUCUCAUUAGCCUAUGGAUUCUCCUCUGGGGGCGUUAUAAGCUUGCAGGCGCCCUGCGCUGCUGUACUAGUCGCACCAUCGCAGUAUGGUGUCGCGAUGGGUUUUGUUAUGACCACAUUAUCAAUUGCUGGUCUCAUCGGCACCCCGCUAAACGGUCAGCUGCUGGGCGCAUUCGGGUAUCUUGGCAUUUCGCUCUUUUCAGGCCUUGCCAUGAUACUGGGUAGUAUACUCAUAAUUAUUGCGAGAUUAAAUCUUUCAAAGACAAUUGUUGCAAAAUUGUAA